ACCUCUGGUUUCUAUUUCUGCAGCUUAUAAAAAAGAGGGGAGAUAGCAUAGAUCUCAACAAAAGAUCAGAAGUAGUGAGCUCUCCACUCAGUCCAGGAUCCCCUGCCCACCAGCAUCAUGAAGCUCCUCGUGGCUGCUGUCUUUGUCCUCUUCUGCACCAAGGUCCUCUGCUCCUACGCACAAGAAAGAACUUACAGCCCAGCCACCUGCUGCUUCUCCUUCAUCUCCCGGCAGAUCCCUCGUAAAUACGUGGUGGGCUAUUUUGAAACCGGUGGCCAAUGUCUCCAAAAUGGUAUUAUCUUUCUCACCAAAAAGGGCCAGCAAAUCUGUGCCAAUCCUAAAAAUGCCUGGGUCCAGGAAUACAUCAGUGACAUAGAGAAGAAUCAUUGAGUGGUCCAAAAGGAACCUGUUAAGGUUUGAAUCAACUGGGUGGCAUGGACCUGAAACAGGAAACUUCCUCACAACCUGAGACUGUCCCUCACCCCCAUAUUCUAAAAGCCUCCAUUCAUUUAGUUAAGCUAUUUAACUGCUUUAACUUAUUUUAUUUAUUUGAUGUUUUCUCUGAUAAAUUGUUUAACACUCUCUUAUCCCCAGACCCCUUCCUAGUCCAUCCUACAGUGGCUGACUCACAUUCACGGUGAUGAUAAAUGCUAUUAGUCCUAUGUCUGGGUAAAUAUUGGACCAAACCUAUCAACAGGUGCUUUUGAGUUUUUGCUUGCUUGUUUUGUUUUUUAGAUAGAGAUAGAGGCAGAGAGAGUAAAAGAGACCACAGUAUUAAAGCUUCCUUCAGUGUGGUGAGGGCUGGGCUCUAAACAGCUUUUUUUUCCCCCCAUUUUCUUGGCUAGGACAGAGAAAAAUUGAGAAGGGCGCUUCACCUCUCCUGAAGCAUAACCCCUGCAGGUGGGGGAGCAGGGACUCCAACCAGAUCCUUGCAGAAAUCCUUGAGCUUUGUACUACGUGAGCAUAACCAGGUGUGCCACCGCCCGGCCAGCUUAUUGAAUUUUUAAUGAAUCAUUUACUCUGAUAAAAAUGUCAGAAUACUUUCCUCUAAGUAUUUGAUAGUUUCUGGUCUAACAUCCAAGUCCUUGUUGUACUUUGAAUUUACUUUUGUUUCUGGUGAAAUGUAGUAAUUUGUUUUCAUUCUUCUGCACAUUUCAACCCAAGUUUCCCAACACCAUUUAUUGAAGAAAUUAAAUCAAUAUUCUAAAAUUUUUUAUAAAUGUGUUUUUUGCAACAGUAAUUAUUAUCUUUCAUGACUAAGUCCUAGUCUUAGAGGCAAAAAUUGCUAGUUCAUGAUAUGUAAUUACUGAGCUUUAGUUUUUUAAAAAAGAGAUUUUAUUUAUUUAUUAAUGAGAAAGAUAGGAAGAGAGAUAGAAAUAAGCAGACAUCACUCUGGUACAUGUGCUGCCAGGGACUGAACUUGGGACCUCAUGGUAGAGAAUUCAAUGCUUUAUCCAUUGUGCCACCUCCCAGAUCACCUGAGUUUUAUUUGUAAUGUUGUCAAAAAUAUUGGAAAAUAAAAGAACAAUUAGACUUAUCAUGUACAAAAACAUGUUAGAAUAAUAGAGAAUCCUUUUGUUUUCUUAAAUAAAUUUUGGUUUUGUUAUGUUU